AUGGAGACCAUUGAAGAAGGACCCGUGACUCUAGCCGAGAAAUGGGAGGCCAAUCGCCAUAUCCGAAACCGGAUCCGAUCCAAGGGUAUGCUCGUUGUGUGGCCUAAACCUGAGCUCGUUGGAAAGCCGACCAUGGCUUCCAUAUCCUUGAACAUCCACGCCCUUCGUAUUUUGGCAGAGGAUUGGUGCCCCAAGCAAUCUGGGCCUAAGAGUCCUAGUGUUCAUGCAGUGAGGAAGGAGGUCGCAGCUCUACGUGCAAUCUUUCAGCUUCCAAACGACCCUGCAAUUCUCCAUGCAGAUGCCUGGGGGUUGAAGAAGUUGUUCAGCUACGGGGAUGCUGCCGUGAACCCCUUCUAUGAAGUGAUCUAUUCCUUUUGGAGUGUGAGGUUGAAGCCAGAACAUGCCAUUGAGAUCUUCGUUGUGGACAGCGGUGACGAGGAGAGUGAUUUCAGUGCUUUCAUGACUGUGAAGUCGGAUCCUUAUGGCAUGGCCAGUCCUGGGAAAAACUCAAAGGUGAAGAGCCAGCUGAAAGUGGAAGAUGCCUCGCUCAACCAUGAUGAUAGCGACUGCCAACUGGUCAUGAUGGAGUGUCUUCUUGCCAAGAGGGCUGCUGCCAAAGCUGUGGGCGAUACUGCCGACACACAGCCGCUGGAUGCAGUGUCUUUCAAAGCUUUGGCGGAGUCAUACCAGCCACCAGCACUGCCACCUGUCAAGCGCUUUGAGGAGACUGACGACCAUGUGCUGCAACGCUCCUUGCAGACAGAGUUUGGGCGGGCUGAUGCAGCAGGCGAAGCUGAGCCUUUGCAAGGUGGCCAUAUGUCAGUUGCAGGGCGGAUCAUUGCUGGCCAGCCGCCGGUGGAAUGUGAGCAACUUGAUGAGAAGCCAUCCAUGGACAUUGCGGAGAGCUUGCCUGCGCCUGGCUCUGACCUUGAGGAUCCGUAUGACUUCUUCAACAAGGAUUCCGGACAUGCUAGUAGUGAGGAUUUGGAGAGCUCUGCUUCUGUUCAGGGCAAUGCCGAGGCUGAAGUUCUUUCAAUGUCAGCAGAGCCUGUGAUUGGAAAUGAAGUCUUUGAUCCACUUGCCCAUUCCCAGCCGGGUUCUACUGCCAUUGUGGAUGAUGAACCAUUGGCACCUUCUGCCAUUGCUGAGGGCGAAGAACGUCAUUCCGGUGCCCCACUCGAAGCCAUUGCUGCUGACUCUGAUGAUGCAAUGCCUUGUGCUGAGGUCCCUGACCCGUGUGAAGAACAGGAAGAAGCUUCAGUUUGUGCCAAGCAAGCCAGCUCUGGCCAUGCUGGUGCGCCUUCCGCUGUCACUGAGUCUGAGGCUCCAAGCUCUUCAAAGGCUGAAGAGAGUGGUCAGUUUGGAGCAGAAGAUGGUGAAGACCUUCCAGAACCCGAGCCAGUGAGCAGGAAAAGCCAAUUCGAGUUGAAGAAGGAGGUAAAACCCAAGGCGAAAGCCAAGGCAAAGGCUAAGUCCAAAGCCAAGGCUCAGGCCAAGAGGGCAUGUGCCAAGCGUCGUGGUCGACCAGGUCGAGGGCAUGCGUGUGAGAAGGCGGAUGCUGAGAUGGUCAACCUGUGCUCUGAUGCUGAGGAUUUGGAGAUCAAGGCCGAGGAGACCGAGGAGCAGGAGGAACAGCCCAAGGCCCCAAAGCCCAAGCGUCAGGCGAAGCGAAAGGCGGAGGCGCUUCCAGCGGUGGCAGAGGAGGACAUGGAUGAUGACAAAGUUGUUUGGGGACCUGUUUCAACACAAGGUAUAGAAGACUUUGAAAAACAUUGGACGGCCCAGGACCAGAACAUCAAGAAGCAGUCCACGGUUGACGCGGAGGACAGGGACAAGCGUGGUGGCAUUGAGGAGCAAUGUCAACAGCAAGAGCCAACUGGUGCUGAUGCUGCGCCUCGGAACGCCUUGAAGAGCUUUGCGCGCCGCCCGUGCCCCAAAACAUCGCCAGCAAAGGAGAGAUGGCUUGCUGUUCGGGACGUGUUUGAGAGCGCUAUCAAGCCAAUUCUCGAGGAGGUGGGUUUCAAGACUUCUCCUGUAGAGGCAAGGUUUUGA